AUGAUUGAACGAGCGGAAUCAUGUUCUCUCCACAGCCCCUGGGAGCCUAGUGAAGCCACAGUCGCGUCCCACCAGCUCAUUUCUCAUGCAUAUGACUGUAUUAUCUUCUACCGGUGGACCUCGCCAGAUGGGAUGUCCGAGCGUGGGCGCGUUAUGGCGCGCCUUGUUGCAGAGAUGAUGGAGGAAGCCAAGCACGGAACACGGGCCCCCGAUCAAGUCGUGCGACGGAUUUCCGACAUUUUCUUGUCUGUACCAAAAGUCAUCAUCCUGGCCGCCCCAGGGGAUUGGAACCGCUUCACCAAUGCCGAUGAUAUCCAUCGAUGGGAGUGGGAGUUAAGUUUACAGAGUGACAAGAAGAUCUGGAUCCUGCGGUAUGGGGUCCCUGAGACGACACAGGCACUGUCCAAAGAGCAGUUGGCGACGGACCUACGAAAGCACAGCGGCCGUCUAGCGGACCUGGUUAUGAAUGAAAAUAUUCAAGUGCGGGUAUUGACGAUGGAUAACCUGAAAAGAGUCCUAAGGGAAGUUGUAUAA